AUGUCGACAAGGAGACAAUCGGCUCAAGAAGCCAAUGUUACUAUAAAUAUGGGACCAUCAAGUAAUAAGCGGGUUAAUCAAGUAUUAAAACUCCCACCACCACCACCACUAACUUAUGAUGAUAGUAUUAACGAUAGUGAUUUCCCCGAAAACCACCCAGAACAAUCAUUUAGAUCAAAAGAGGAAAGUGAUGUCAAUUCUGGUAAACCUAGAUUGCCUGAAUUCUUACAAAAUAUGGGCCCUGGUUUAUCACCAUUGAAAGAACAUCCACCGGUUACAUUAUCUUGGCAUAAUGUUCGAGUUCAAGCACCAUCCCAGCAGGGCUUUAUUAAGCAAAAAAUUAAUGGGUGUUUGGGUAAAGAAAUACAAGGACCUAAAGAGUUGGUCAAAGGAGUGAGUGGCAUUGUUAAAGCAGGCGAGAUGUGUGCAAUAAUGGGAGCUAGUGGUGCUGGUAAAACAACUUUAUUGAAUGUAAUGACUCAUCGUCGGCAAGGUAAACUGGAAAUUAGUGCUGAUAUUCGAAUCAAUGGUCAAAAAUUGAAAAAAGAUAUAUCUGGUGUAUCAGCUUUUGUUCAACAAGAAGAAUUAUUUAUUGGCUCAUUAACUGUUCGAGAACAUCUUCGAUUUCAUUCUAUGCUUCGUCUUGGAAAAGAAUUUACAAAAGAUGAACGAAAUAAUCGUGUGGAUGAAGUUCUUCAUUUUCUCAAUCUGACCAAAACUGAAAAUACAACAAUUGGUAUUGGAGCUGUUGUUAAAGGUUUAUCAGGUGGUGAAAAACGUCGUUUAACAUUUGCUACCGAAAUUCUUAGUGAUCCUCCAUUACUUUUUUGUGAUGAACCAACAUCUGGCUUGGAUUCAUCUAUGGCAUUUAUUUUAGUGCAAGCAAUGAGAAAAUUAGCUGAUCAAGGCAAAACCAUUGUUUGUACAAUUCAUCAGCCAUCGUCAGAAAUCUUCUUUUUGUUUGACACAUUGUAUUUAUUAGCUGAAGGACGAUUGGCAUAUUUUGGUUCACUGGAAAAGGCUCCUGCAUAUUUUCGACAAUUCGAUUUGGAAAUUCCACGUAAUUAUAACCCAGCUGAUUUUUACAUUCGACAACUUGCUAUUUAUCCAAGGACUCGUGAAGAAAAUCUUGCUCAAAUCGAACUUAUUUGUGAUGCAUAUGAAAACUCUUCGCAAUACGCUCGUUAUCAAUCGGAAAUAAUUCCUCUUCAUUCAUCAAAUGUAGAAGAUGAGAAGCAUAGUUUUUUUCUGCGAUUGUUUCAACAAUGGUGUGGUGAAGAUGAAAACAAUAGUUCAAAUGAUGUUAACAAAACUGAUAAAAAACAGUCUAGAUAUAAAACGGGUAGUAUGACGCAAUUUCGCUGGUUGAUAUGGCGUAAUUUCGUUGAUCUCUCUAAAAAUCCAUUUGAAAUUCGACUUCGUCUUAUACUUGCUCUAUUCGUUGGUACUCUUAUUGGUCUUUUGUAUUUUCGUCUUUCUUACAAUCAAACAGCUGUACAGAAUUUUAAUGCAUUACUUUUUUUAACACUUAUUAAUACAUCCUUUGCAAAUAUUUUCGCUAUUACACAAAGCUACACUAAGGAAUAUCCAAUAUUUUACAAAGAGCAUGAUGAUGCUGUUUAUCGUGUAACUCCAUAUUAUUUAGCAAAAUUUACUACUGAACUUCCUAUGGUUGCAAUAACGACCAUUAUUCAAAUAACGAUUACGUAUUGGAUAUCAAAUUUAUAUGGAACAGCAAAACGCUUUUUUAUCUUUAUUGGAAUAAUCGUUUUGAAUAGUUUUGCGGCUGUCGGUCUUGGUUCCGUUAUAUCUGUUCUUGCAAAUUCACCUGAACAAGCACAAGCCAUACAAAUACCAAUUCUUCUUCCAUUAAUGGUUUUUGGCGGAUUCUUUCUAAAUAAUAAUUCUGGUCAAGAAUGGUUAAAUUGGAUUAAAUAUAUUAGUUGGUUUUAUUAUGGUAACGAAGCAUUGAUCAUAAAUCAGUGGGCAGAUGUUGAUUAUUUGCCAUGUAACAUGCAAUCACCUAAUCUUCCAUGUUAUCAUAAUGGUGAUGAAGUUUUACAAUUAGUCUAUUUUAAUAAGUCUCACUUUGGUCGUGAUAUUGGUCUCCUUGUUGUUAUAUGGUUGGUUUUACGAGUUUUGAGCUACAUCAUCUUACUUUAUAAAGCUAAAUUUCAUAAAUAG